AUGGUGGUGAUGAAGAUGAAAUUUCCCUUCGAGAAGAGGGUGAAGCUUGCCCAGGGACUGUGGCUCCUCUCCUGGCUGGCCACAUUGGCUGGUGCCAUCACUUUCACCCUGGGCUGCUUCCUAAAGACGGAGCUCCGAAGGAGGGCAGAGGUGAUGGAUAACACAGAAAUACACAUUGUACCCAACACUCUCAUGAUUGUUGGUCUGGCCUCCCUGGGAAUCAACUAUUUUGCUGCAAGGAUCUGUCAAGACGCCCUUGAUGCCGGACGAUUUCCUCGCUGGAAGACGUUCUUGAAACCCUAUUUCGCCAUUUCCUGUUUCUUCACCUUCCUCAUGCUACUGGCUGUGAUAAUGAGCUACGCCAUGAAGGGGAAUCUGGAGUCGUCUCUGAAAAUUGGCCUGAGGAAUGGCAUCCGUUUCUACAAGGACACAGACACCCCGGGACGGUGUUUCCAGAAACAGAAUAUCGACCGCCUACAGAUGGAGUUCCAGUGCUGUGGAAACACCGACUACAGGGACUGGUUUGAAGUCCAGUGGAUCAGCAACCGUUAUCUCGAUUUCAGUUCUAAGGAAGUAAAAGACCGCAUCAAGAGCAACGUGGAUGGUCGAUACUUGCUGGAUGGCGUCCCUUUCAGCUGCUGCAACCCCAGCUCUCCCCGUCCAUGCAUCCAGUAUCACCUCACAAACAACUCGGCUCACUACAACUAUGAACACCAGACUGAGGAGCUUAAUAUCUACAUCCGCGGCUGCAGGGAGGCCCUGGUCAACUACUACAUGGGCCUAAUGAACACCAUUGGUGCCGGGGUGCUCUCAGUUUUCAUGAUACAGGUGUCUGUGCUGGUGAGCUUGCGGUUCCUGCAGACAGCCAUGGAGGCAGUGGCUGGGCAGGAAAACACAGAGAUUGAGACAGAAGGGUACUUACUGGAGAAAGGGGUCAAGGAGACCAUCAUGGAAUAUUUGGACCCUGUGCUGAAGUUCUUCUUGCUAAACCAGGUAGCAGAGGGCAGUCCUGAAGCUGGUACUACCCCAGAUGCCCCAGCUACAACCUAA